AACAUGAACAGAGGCGGCGACCGAGGACGUGGUGGCGACCGUGGUCGAGGCAGGGGUGGCCGAGGCGGUCCCGGGGGCGGCCCUCCAGGCGAUGGCUUUCGAGGACGCGGGGGACCUCCCGGUGACAGAGGCGGUCGUGGAGGAGGCUAUGGAGAACGCGGAGGGUUUCGAGGCGGUGAUCGUGGUGGGUUCCGUGGAGGCGAUCGCGGAGGAUUCAGAGGGGGUGACCGGGGUGGCUUUCGUGGAGGCGAUCGUGGUCGCGGCAGAGGCGGGUUUGGAGGGCCACCGAGAGAACCGGGCGGUGUCUUCAUGCCCGACGUGCCAGCGACGAUCGACGCGCGUCUGACCGACAACUCUCAGGACGCAGUUCUCGCCGCCUCAAAAUCGUUGAAACUUCGCGAUGACGAUCUUCCAGUACGCCCCGACUUCGGCACCGUGGGAACGCCUAUCAAGCUGCGCACAAACUUCUUCCCUGUGCGGGUGCCCAAAGGGCCCUUGUAUGAAUAUGACGUACAGAUCAACCCUGCUGUGGCGAUCAAGCGGGUGAAGCGACGGAUCUUCCAACUGGCGGAACAGACGCAAGACUGGGCACAGGCCAACAUGCGGGACCGGGUGGCACAUGACUUCAGCAGCAAGCUGAUUGCUGCAUUCGAGCUCCCGCAGCCGCUCGUGAUCAGGGUGAAUUACACUGACGAAGAUGAAGAUGUCACCAGAAAGUCGACAAAGGAAUUUACAUUGACAAUCAACUUCGUGCAACCCAUCGAAACUCAGAGCCUUGUCCAAUACCUCGAAGGUCAGAGUCAGUACCGAGGAUACGAUAUCAUGCCUGUCAUAUCUGCCUUGAACCUGAUCCUCGCCGCUCAUCCGAAUCGGGCGGCAGGUGGUGGAGUCAUGGUCGGCAAAAACAGGUUCUUUCAUCCGUCGGCUGCGUUCCCUCCUGUGUCCCUCGGCGGAGGCCUCGAGGCAUGGCGAGGCUUCUACUCCUCGGUGCGGCCCACACACAAGCAGCUCAUGGUGAACGUGAACGUGUGCACGACUGCAUUCUACAUCCCCGGCAAUCUGGCAGAGCGUAUGCAGGAAUUUUCGCAUGCAAGUUUCGGGGCACGCGUGAAUGCCUUCGUGAAGCACUUGAGGGUCAAGGCGACUCACCUCGGGUAUACUAAGACCAUCAAAAGUGUGGCGAAGGUGACUGCUAAACAGUACAAGUUCAAGGCAGAUGAUAUUGGUGAAGUUACCGUAGAACAGUAUUUUCAAAGAAAGUAUAGCAUCCGCCUGCAGUAUCCGGACCUUCCUCUGAUCGACGUGGGUGGCCAGCGAGUCAACUACCUUCCUCCAGAACUUUGUGAGAUCCUGCCGAAGCAGCCAUACCGCGGGAAACUAACGGAGGAGCAUACUGCCAACAUGAUUGGAAUUGCAUUGCAGCCACCCAAUGUCAACGCGCGUGCGAUCACCACCCGUGGCCUUGAUGAGUUGGGCUUCAAGACUACCGCAAAUCCGCUGAACGCGUUCGGCGUCAGCAUCGGCACGCAGAUGGCCGUGGUCCCCGGGCGAAUCCUCCCUCCGCCUGCACUGCGCUACGGGCAGGGCUCGCCGAGGGUAGACGACCGCGCGAGCUGGAAUCUGCGAGACGUCAAGUUCGCAGUGGGAGGCAGGCUGGACAAGUGGGCCGUCCUCCUCAUCCAGGAUGGAAACCCGAGGGACGAGUUCCAAGGUGUGAAUGAUCCCGAACUAAAGAGCGUCGUCAAAGGGUUCUCGUCUAUGUGCGGGAAGUCGGGCAUGCAGGUUGGCAGAGACGACCCAGCGUUCGCCGCCGUGCAGCUGCCGCGCAAGGACCCUUCUACAGACCCUAUCCGCAAGCGUGCUAUCGCUGCGAUUCGCACCGAGCUAACGAACAUAAAGUCGAAGCCCACGCUCGUCCUCGUAGUCCUCUCCGAUGGUGACAAGCACAUUUACUCAGGAAUUAAGCAUCUCUGCGACGUCUACCUCGGCGUCCCGACCGUGUGCGUGCAGUCUUCGAAGAUUCGCAAGGAGAAGGGGCAGGUGCAGUACUACGCGAACGUCGCGCUGAAGGUGAACAUGAAGAUGGGCGGCGUGAACCAUUCGCUGGACCCGAGGAAUAUGACAUGGUUGAAGCAGAUGCCCACGAUGCUCGUCGGGAUGGACGUGACGCACCCUGGUCCAGGCACCGUUAGGGGCACCCCUUCGAUUGCGGCGGUAGUGGCAAGCGUCGACGAUAAAUACGGACAGUUCCCCUGUAGUAUGCGCAUUCAAGAGUCGAAGAAGGAGAUGAUUACUGAGCUUGCAGAAAUGAUGGAAGAGAGGAUUAAGCUUUUCCAGCAACGAAGCAAGGUGCUGCCAGAAAGAAUUCUUGUUUACCGCGAUGGUGUUUCAGAGGGUCAGUUUGCGAUCGUCGUCGCGGAGGAGAUGCCAGAGAUCAAGAAGGCAUUCACGAAGUUCAGCACUGCACAGAAAGCCUACAAACCCAAGCUCACCAUCGUCAUCUGUGGCAAGCGGCACCAUACCCGAUUCUAUCCCACGGAAGCACAGCAUGCUGAUAAGGACGGGAACCCGAAGGCGGGAACGGUGGUCGACCGGGGCGUGACCGCAGUCUACGAUUUCGACUUCUUCCUUCAGGCACACGGAGGGUUGCAAGGCACAACUCGGCCGACGCACUACUACGUCGUCCACGACGAGAUUGGCUUCAAGGCCAAUCAGCUGCAAACUCUGACAAACGAAGUGAGCUUCAUGUUCGCACGUGCCACGAAGGCAGUCAGCUUGGUCUCGCCUGCAUAUUACGCCGAUCUUGCGUGCGAGCGCGGCAGGUGCUAUCUGCAUGCUCUCCUGCAGGGUAUCUCCGACAGCGGUACGACCGCCUCAAGCGGAAGUGGAGAAGAGGAGAUCAGGCGCGAGGCGGAGAAGAUGUGGCGUGGUGGCGUCACUGGGAAGAUGGCGGAGACUAUGUUCUACCUCUGAUCGUGGGCUCGGUUUUGUCUGGGUCGGCUACAGGCUCAUCAUGCUUCUUAUCUGAUGGAUCGCUUGUUAAUAUGGAUAGCUCUGUACGAAUAAGCACAUUGUAUCGAUUUCGAAUAAUGGGAUUCCGAGUUCACAUCUCGCAUAUAUGAAC